AUGUUGAAGGGAAGGCCCAAAGAGGCGCUCUUCGGCUGCUUGGAGGCGCACGCCUCUAGCACCUUUUUGACGAGCCUGAAGGACUCGGUGCUGCAAAAGAAAGCUAUCAAAAUGUUGGAGAGCAAAGCACCGCUCGAGUCUGGAACUGAGCGAGCGGAGCUGCUCGCCGCGCAUUGGCAUUUGUAUCAAGCACUGCCCUGGCAUGAGGUCGCACAGCUAGAUGAGAAAGAACGUGGUGAAAGACAGGCCCUUUCAACUCCAGAGCAAUGGUUUCUGACCGGUGAGAAGCUCGUCGAGGCGCUGGCGGCUGACGCUUCAAUUUCUCGCCCAUCAGCCGUCGUAAGAUACGACAAAGAAGCCGGCCGUGCCGCUGAUGCUCGAGCCGCUAUCACCGGCAAUAAACGAUGCUGCCCCCUCUGCAUUCACAACGGUUUCGACAAAAAUACACCGAAAAACGUGCUCGAGCACACGACUCUGCACGCGCGAAUCAACCUAUUCGGCUGCCAUUGCUGCAUGCAAGCCUUCCAAUCACAAGAAGCUCUGGAAAAACACGAGUGCAAGGCCUAUCAAACAUUCCGCAAGAAAGGAGAGCUUGCACUCGUCGCCGUCAAGAUGUUUAUGAUCUGCAGCAGUUGCGGUGACUAUACGGCCUACACAAAGCAAGACAACUUCAAAACUUUUAUGAUGAACCACCCGAUGGAAGAGCUCGUCUCGGUAGCGGUUUGGUUCGAAUCUCGCGAAUUUUCUGGAAAAGCGGUCAAUGUUCGGCACGUCCCCACCUAUUGCACAGAAGUCCAGAGCUCGUGCGACAGUUGCAAAAUCGACAAAUUCGAUACGGUGCAGGAUGCCGAGGACCAUUUUCGAAGGGAGGCCCACCCGCAAGUUCCCGGCCAAAUGUGUCCAAAAUGCGAGCGCAACUUCUAUCUGCCCGCCGUUUUCCAUCGGCACCUCAUCGAAUGCCACAGCAUCCCAAGGCAAGCCAUGGCCAUGAGCGACUGGACGAGCUCCGCCGCACGCGUUGAAAAGCCUGCCAUAUUCACCGAUCUCCCGACAAUUCAACAAGGCACUCGCGGAGAGGCGGAGGUAGAAAAGGAAUUGAAGUCGCUCGCCUACCGUGCCGAAUCGAGUGCCUCCACGGAAUCCGCCGUAGCGAAGAAGAAACCUAAUGCGAAGCCGUUGGAAGCGACUGAGGGCGCGGAAAACACGACCGCCGAGAAUUGGGCGACAAAGUGGAAAGGCAACGCGCAGUUGGCGGAAAUUAUGGGCAAGCUCGGACUCGAGAAUCCGGCCGACUUUGUGAUUUUCACGGAUUUGGUGGAACAGUCAAAGGAUCAUAACCCGACAAAAGAGCCAUGCGCGAUCGUUUCCGAUCCGCCAGGCCGAUCCGAGAAAAGCCCGAUGGCCCAAGACAUCAUCAAUCGUUUCGCCGUCAACCUUGAGCUGCGCUUCGAUCGCCAAUCCAUCAAACAGGCUGACAUUGAUCACAGGAAGGUUUUCUUCUGUCUGAAGAUCACCUGCCAAGCGUUCGUGCUGGAUGAGCGAAAAAUGAGGGAGCACUUGAAGGGCUGCGACUCGGAGGCUGAUAUUGAUGACCCUUCAAAGGCGUUCCCAGUGCGCCCCCGGUCGCGAGACUUCCAUGCACGCCACUACUGCCACAAAUGCAAAUUUUCGGGCUGUUCCCUCGAUUCCCUUCGGCACCACUUCCUCAUAGCGCACCAUAUUUCGACAACUGACGUGGUCAUCGGAGUUGCCGAGCCUGCAACUGUGGAGCUGACAGCCGAUCAGAAGUUUGGGCGGUUGAUGGGCUUCCCGGUCAAGGCUGCAAAUCUCGGCCGGAAAUUGCUUCAUCUACGGCUCAGCGAUAGUGAGCGGCAACUUGAUGGGUCACUGAAAAGGCCAGCGUUAACCGAAGAACAGACUGAUCCGACACGGACUUUGAUCAAGAAGGAAGUGACCGACGAUGAUGAUUCGGACAUCGAGCCCGUCCCUCUAUCACGAUUCGGUCCGGGAGCCCCAAAGCGGCCUGGCGGAUCGCUAAGCGGUGUGGAGAAGCCGCCGGCCAAAAAGAUGAUGACCACCACAUCGUCGGCAUGCCCAAGAGAUGUCACCAAUUUGACGCAAAGCCCGUCUGCCCCAAAGAAGCUCCUAUCAUCAGCCGGGCCCUCAUCUUCGAACCGGUCUACACCUUCGCCAUUCAAGUUGUUGCCAAGGCCUCCCGCGACUCAACCUCUUCCGGUUUCACUGAGCACACCGGUGCAGAAUCAGCCGCUUCGCGGGUCGCCAACCCUUGCGGCGCCGAGCAAUGGACCUGUUGCUGCUCAAAAUACACCCGACGUGCGCAACGCCACCAAGACGCAACCCGCUCAGCCGACCGCUACCCUGACGGCCGCCCAGCAGUUGGCCCUCCAAGCAAAGGCACCACGGCCUGCCAACCCCGUUCCACAACCCUCCUCGAUCCGACAACAGACGCCGCAUCAGCCGCCCGCUUUGCCGAACACCAUCCGCAAGUCAUCGCAGGCCUCAUCUGGUUCCCAACAGCCCAGUACGUCUGCAACGCCGAUCAUGGGACUCGAGAAAAUGACGAAUCAGCUGGUCGCGGGCGCCGCUCCGCAGCCGAUUCUCCAAUGCGCAUCCGAGAGUUUGGUAACGGCCAAUCGAACACCUUCGCCGGUCGCUGGGCCCUCUACGAGCCGACGAUCUGAGCCCGAGCCGGCAUCUCGAUCCGACACGAUCGUGCUAUCGGAUGAGGAUGACGAGGUGAUCUGUUUGAGCGACAGCCCGCCAGAAUCACCUCCUGCCACUUCACCGCCACAGCUCGACACCAAGCCGCUCACGCCCAAGCAACAGCCACCCGGAACUUUCAGCCAUGAUGACGGCCAAGCCAUUACAAUCGCUGACUCGCCACUGCCGAUUCGCGAGGUGCGCCAGGAGCCGACCGUGACAAAGGAGGAACCCGUCCCAACAUCCUCAGUUCCGGAUGACAGCGACGAUGAAGUUAUGGAAAUAGUGCCCGAGGAACCGCGAGCCCGGGUCCCGAUCAUGGACGAGGACGGCACAAUCGUUGGCUAUGAAGACCCGACCGCUCCACCGACGGCCGGCACCAACGCGAAUCGUAGACGAAUCACCUGUCCCCACUGCCAGAGCAGCACCUUUAUCUCGAAAACCGGCUUGGAUCAUCAUGUUAAAACGGCUCAUUCGUUGUCGUUCGGUCUGCCGUUGAUCCGUGGAAAGGCGUUCUAUGUUUGCCUCCACUGCCGGCGCGCCUACGAAAACCAGAUGAAGCUGAUCAGCCAUGAUUUGUUGCUGCACGUGGAGCACCCCCACCUGACGUGUCCGAGUUGCUCCGUCUUCCCCCUAAACUCGUCCACCCAGGCGACCCACGUCAAAUCCCAUUUUCUGGACGCACACGACCCGGGGUUCACGCAUUACACCUGUUUCGACCAUGAACUCAUCUUUGGCGAUGAAAAAGACGUCCUGCUCCACCAGGCCAUCGACCACGGUAUUGAUCUGCUGUUCGUGUGCAAGAAGUGCCGGCUGGCAGGGUUGGAUGGCGUCACAAUGUACCGCCACGUCCUCAACUGCAAGGUGUCGCUGAAGGGCGGAACACGCUUCUACACGUCCACCGUCCAAUUUUUGGCCGCCUACCCGGCCAACGCCUUUGAGUUCUACCCGGACGAUGUGCCCACGUGGCAAAAGAUCCUUGCCAAAAACAACGAGGACGGCACUUCGCGAGACUCGUUCAAGGUGACCCAGAGGCCGGACUUGUGCAACCUAUCGUUUACCUACGAAAAAUCCCGGAUUAUGUGCUCGGAGCCGGACUGUGGGAACCUGCACUUCUUCCUGGAUGAAGCCUACACCAACGCACGAGGGCGCUUCGUUAAGGCAUUGGUGCUGGCCGCGGAGCAGAAGAUGGCAACAUUGCACAAGCCACCGCAGGUCCUCCACCCGGACCGCCAAUUGACCAAGAUGGACAAGAAGCUGGACGAUUUGCUGAGGACCAUGAGUUCGGCGGCGAUCGGAUCGCAGAGCAACGGAAGCUUCAUCGAUGCAUUGCAUGACGCCUUCAGACCUGGCCGUCGAGUCUCCAAUCCGCCCCCGUCGGCUCCCACAAGCCGCCCCCCUUCUGCAACUGCCGAAGCAGUGAACCAUGGGCCUGUCAAAUUGCAACAACAGCGGGCAAUCGCGAACGCGCCACCAGUGCGGGAUACUCCCAAGAUCACGUUGAGCUCCAAUGGCGAACGCGAUAAUGGCGAUCAGGAGCCGGGCAAGAAACUUUCGCUGCCACCCAUUCUGGAGCAAGCGCUCGGCAUCGUCCAUCCCUUCUGCCUGGUGUGCAGCGUACGGAAGCCCAGUGUGUCCGAGCUUCAGGAGUUGCCCCUCGACACUCACACGUGCCAACGGGCCGAAGCUCUUUUCCUGCAGGCGAUCCAGUUCUGCGCCAUUGUCGAGCCGGUGGUGCUGACCCAUUUUGAGAGCCUGUUUCGACUCCGCGUCGACUUUUUGAGGCGGCACGACCGGCCGAUGCAUUUGUGCCCGCGCGACUUCGGCCUCAUGACAAAGCAACCCACCGAUGAAUUGCUCAGGCGCACGGGAAACCUAGCGCUCACGUGCCUUGUCUGUCAAAAAGUGAACUUGGGCCGCGUGUUCAUCCUGCCCGGCGAGUACGCGCUCAACUGUCGCAAGCGAUUAAUUCCGCUGUUCACCGCCGAAGCGAAUGUGGGCGCUGUUGAGAUGGCCGACCGGAUAUUGAGAUCACCAACCGGCGCCUACUGCCAUUGGCAUUCUUCUGUCAAGCGAAGGUUGUCGAGCAGUUCUCAAGGAACCGAGGGGCAGCAAGGCCAGCAGCAGCCCGACAAUCAGGAUGCCGACGAUGAAGAUAUCGAAAUCAUCGAGACGCCUCCGCCAAACGUCCCCAGCACGUCGCAGGCUCCAGUGCCGCAACAACAAAAGCAAGUUGAUCCACGCCGUGACGUACAAGUCGAGCAAGUGCCCACAACAACUACCCCAGUCGCGACAACCUCUCAACAGGUACAACCACGGAUGCGCGCCGGUGUCGACAGCAUCUCGUUGCACCAGCGACAGCGCCAAAUGACUGACCUUAUGGUACAACAACAACAGCUCGUCACUCGACAACCCGGUCAGAUGCCGAUCAUGGGCCAGCAGCAGCAAGCAGCUCAAGGCGGUCAGCUGCCGAUAAUGGGCCAGCAGCAGCAGCAGCAGCAACAACAACCUGCCCAAGGCGCUCAGCCGCCCGCAAUCAGGAUGGCACCCCAACAGCAACAACGUCAAAUGGGCCUGAUGAACGUCCAGCACGGCCAGCACACCAGACCACAUCCUGCCAUGAUGGUGGGCAUGUCGCCAGCAACGCCAUUCGUGCUGCCGCAACAAAUGGCUUUCCAGUUCCAGCAGCGCAACGGGGCGCCCCCAGUCGCACAACCGCCGAUGAUGUCACCCGCGGCCUGCAUGGCCCUCUUCCAGCAACAGCAGCAGCUGCAGCGGCGCGUCUACGACCGUUGCGGGACGUGCAACCAUUCGUCUUACUCGCCGCUCGAGUCCCGUGUCCACAACAUGCGACACGCCGACGACCGCACGAGCAGAAACUUCGCCUUUUGCUUGAUCUGCCAGAAGGAGAUCCACGGCCAGCGGGAGAAGGACGUCGUCAUGCACAUGGUCAAUGCUCAUCAGCUGACCUUCCGCUUCGAGUUGAUGUGCCCGGCUCCGCGAUGCCCCAACCCGCCAGUGAACAGCUUCUUCGAGCUGCGCAACCAUCUGAAGAUGCACGUCGGCGUGUUGCCACACCGCUCUGAACACUGCCCGUUGAGCUUCCGGUUGGAGAAUUUGAAGGUGCAGCACGAGCAGGCGCAUGCCCGGGUGGGCACCGAGGCGAACUGCUGCAUGAUAUGCGGAAGCUGCCGCACUUGGUCGGAACGCCUGCCGGACGACCGGACGAUCAACCACGACGUGGUGCACGCGUUCAAGCGCUGGGUGCAGUGCCGAUCGUGCGGCUACACAUGCCAGUCAAACGAUCAGUGCGAAGAGCUGCUGAUGCACUGGAACCAACAUCACAGCCCGAGCCCGUUGCAUUGUCAGGUCUGCGACGAGCGUUUCCCAUCCCCGGGCGCCAAGCGGGACCACGUCUGGAAGGAGCACAGGAUCUUGCUGGUCGACAUGCAACAGAGCGGACAGCCAGGCGUCAUCCGCAGCAUCAACCGGAUGCCAAUCACCCUCGGGUUCAAGUCGCCGUCCCCAGACAAGCCCGAUCUGAUCUCAACAGCAACAGGACACGACGGGCCC